GUCCGGAACCACUACAAGAAGUGCACUCACUAUAUUGACUUGCCCGACGAAGAGAUCAAAUGCGAAGAUCGUUUCUGCAAGUUCAGUCCUAACCAUCCCCCCGAUUGCGGACCUCCGGCGUGCACGACGAGCUGCUGGCAAUAUCAUCAGUCGCCGGUGCAGUACACGCCCGUCAUUGACAACUACUGUCCUGUCUGCAUUCAGACCGGCAGGGCCCGCUGA